CUGUAUAGCUCACUUUGUACAUGUGACUUUAUUAUACCCAUAUGUGAGUUCCAGGCGAUAAAGGGGAUCGUGGUAUGGAUGGUGUUGUCGGAGAGCCAGGUCUAAAGGGAGAUGAUGGUCAGUGUCCACUGAGCUGUGAUUCAUUUCCUGGUCCUCCAGGUGAACCGGGUCUUCCUGGUCCGGUAGGAUUACCUGGGUUGCAUGGGCAGGUUGGAGCUCCAGGGGUUUCAGGUCUGAAAGGUGAUCCAGGCCUAGAUGGCACACCAGGCACACCUGGGCUCCCAGGGUAUAAAGGUGAACCAGGCAAAGAGGCAAACUGUUCAUGUAAGGAUGGACAAAAAGGUGAAGUGGGACCUGUAGGAUCUAAGGGAACUAAGGGAGAGCUUGGGCCGAGGGGUUCUCAGGGUCUUGCAGGAAACACAGGUCCUAAUGGAGAGCCAGGGGAGAUGGGACUAAUGGGAAUUCCUGGUCCAUGCAGCCCAGCCAUACAGUCAGCAUUCUCUGCCGCACUAAGAUCAGCGUAUCCAGCUGCCAACCAGCCAAUAGCGUUCGGGCGCAUCAUCUAUAACCUGCAGCAGCACUACAACCCAAUCACAGGCGUGUACACAGCACCAGUCAAUGGCACCUAUGCCUUCAGCUUCCACGUCACCACCUCAACUCGCACCCUGAAGGUUGGACUCUUCUGGAACUUUCAGCCCAUAGUGAAGAGCACACAGGCUUUAGAAUUAGGCUCUGCCUCCCAGAAAGUGGUGCUACAUCUGACUUUGGGGGAUCAGGUGUGGCUCCAAGUGAAGGACAAUUUCAAUAAUGGAAUGUUCACUAGUUCUGAAGUCAGUAGCACCUUCAGUGGCUUCCUGCUUUAUCCUGACAACUGUGACGACAUCAUGGGGCGAGAGAUAACUCCACCAAACAUUAACGGAGUGUAUACAUGGGGGGAUCCCUAAUGUCUAGACCCCAAAUACAUAACGAUCACAAACCCAAAGCUAUGCACUAGGAAGAAAACUUGCAAACUGGAAGAUUCUGUGAAAUGUAUGGCAUGUCCAACUAGAGACACCUUAAAACCCUGCCUAGAACCCUUAUAACACUAACUUUGCUCCCUGCCCCCUAAUUGGUCAAUCUUGAAUCUUGAAACAUGAACACAUUAAAUCUGAAGGCUAGACAUAUUGUGAAGCCCAUC